CAUGUUCUGAGGCGAAGUGGAUUUCCCCAGGAAACUGUAACAGUGUUUUACCUGUGGACAGGUUUACACGUUUUGCCCUUUUCUAUAGUUUCGGACGCGCUUAUGUUCUGCAAAACCGACUCGCUCAUGUAUCGACCCAUGGCUGGUCUUUUCGGUUUUGCUUUUAAGAGCUGCUUGAUAUCUUUUUUCGUCAUGUUACGAUAAAUUACACACCGAGUCGUUUCCGUCCUGAGCUACGUGCGGUUAAGUUUGACUUUCUAAACGUUCAGGCCCCGGAAGCAACAGAUUUUCGCAAACUUUACAACUUUUUAAAAUCAACAAAAUGUCUCAGGACUCUUAUGACAGCUCAUUUAAUAUUAAUUUUCUUAAAGAAUCGGUGUUAAAAAGACUGGCUGAGGCUCUUGAUAAAACAAACAGUAAAGGAUGGAGAAAACUUGGGGAGACUGUGAACAGUGACCGGCGCUACAAAGUCAGUUUGGGGGACAUGGAGAUGUGCUCUCUCAAGGUGUUAGAGGUGGAGGGCAGCCCAUCUCGCAGUCUACUGAGACUCAUGGGAGACCGAGGCUGCACAGUGGGGGAUCUGGUGGAGUUUCUCAAAAUGAUGGGUCACACUGAAGCCAUACAGUGUCUUAAAUCAGGGAUUCAAAUCCUUAUUCAGCCCCAGUCUGUGAGUGUGAUAGUUGGACACACUGUUCGCCUCAGCUGCUAUGCUGCUGCCACCUCAAGCUCCACUAUUCAGUACCAGUGGUUCAAGACAAAAGACGAGGUUCCUGGAUGUUCCUCUUCAGAUCUUGUGCUGAGUCCUGUCCAGCUGAGAGAUACUGGCUUCUACAUCUGCAGGGUAAACUGCGGUGAUGCUUUUGAGUUCAGCCACUGGGUUCAGGUGGAUGUGCUGGAUGUAAUGCCAGCAUAUGGAAUGAUGUCUAUUCCUUCUGAAGGAAGACUGAGAGUGGUCAUACAGCCCAAGCCUCAGUCUUUGCUAGUGGGCGAUGCUCUGUAUCUGGAAUGUGGAGCUGUGGGAAAACCUCUGCCACGCUACCAGUGGUACAGGAAUGGGGCUCCUUUAAAGAACGCCACUAAGAGGAGACUCAGUAUCCCAUAUUUGAUGUUGGAGCACCAGGGAAGAUAUCGCUGUGAAAUCUCCUGCAACAAUGAGCGGACUUGGAGUAAUGAAGUAGACAUCCACGUAGUCAAAAGGCCGAGGACAACAUUUCAGUUUUCAGGGGCAACGGAAUGUUCUGAAGAUGACUUCAUAGCCUUUGGACAAUAUAACAGUCUCGAGAAGCCUUACGCCACAGACAAAGUGGCCUUGCUGAUAGGUAACAUGUCUUAUCAGAACCACCCUCGGCUGAAGGCUCCCAUGGUGGAUGUGUAUGACCUCACCAACCUGCUUCGCCAGCUCAACUUUAAAGUGGUCUCACUGCUGGACCUGACAGAAUCUGAGAUGCGCAAUGCAGUAGAGGAGUUUCUCUCUCUGCUACACAAGGGCGUUUAUGGCCUGCUUUACUAUGCUGGUCAUGGUUAUGAGAACUUUGGAAAUAGCUUCAUGGUGCCUGUUGAUGCUCCAAACCCAUACCGAUCAGCAAACUGCUUGUGUGUGCAAAGCAUUCUGAAAUUGAUGCAGGAGAAAGAGACUGGUCUCAAUGUCUUCCUUCUUGAUAUGUGCAGGAAAAGAAACGUUCAUGAUAAGGACAUGCCAAAUGUUACACUCAAAGUCACAGCCAACAUUGUGUUUGGUUAUGCUACCUGUCAAGAUGCAGAAGCUUUUGAAUUAAGCUCCAGCGGAUUCACCAAUGGUGUCUUCAUCAAGUUUCUCAAAGAGCGCCUCCUGGAAGAUGAAAAAAUUACUGUGCUCCUGGACAGUGUUGCAGAGGACAUGGGCCAGUUUGAUCCCACUAAAGGCAAGCAGGCUCUUGAGAUCCGUAGCAGCCUUUCUGAGAGACGCUCCCUGACUGACCCCAUCCUGCCUGGAGAGUGUUCAGAUGUGGUCCAAGCUCACAGCCUCCUCUGGGCUACAGCACAUGAGCUGCCAGAAAGCAUGACCUUGGACUUCGAAUGCGGUGUGCAGCUAAAGUUGGGCUUUGCGGCCGAGUUCUCCAAUGUGCUGGUCAUCUACACCAACAUUGUUAAGAAGCCAGAGGAGAUGUCCUCAUGUCAGGCUCACCUCAUCAACCUUUCAGACCUCGACCCUAAGAUGAUGAAUAAGGAAACUCCAGAGGAAACUGGAAGUUACCUGCUCACAGGAAGUCUUCCCCAGCACUGCCUUUAUACAAGACUUAGUUCCCUACAGAAGCUUAAGGAGAAUCUGGUCUUCACUGUCUGUCUGCAGGCUGAAUUUAAAUCUCUAGAUGAGCAGGUACAAUGGACCAAAGAGGUAGACAUCGGCAAGCCCCUAAUAGCAAAGCUGGACCUGCACCGGCCCACCAGGAGGAACAGUUGUCAGCAGACAUGCCUCAUGCCCCAUAGUCCUUCCACCAGUCCGAGUCCGAGUCCAGGAGCUGAGCGUAUGCUCUUCCAUGGGAUCCCCUGCCACCACCCUCAGUCCAGUAGCUCCUUCCUUCAUGUAUGUGAGCCCUUGCAUGGAGCCGCUGGCGCUUACGGAGAAUCUCUGCACGAUGAUUAUGAAUGUCACUAUGAAAAUAAUUUAUAUUCCCCUUGUAUGCCUCUACCCAGUGUGCCCAUUGAAACCACUGAAGAUAUUGAAGAUAUGCAGAACAGGUUCAUGGACAGCUUACAUUUAUACAACCAGCCUUGACCUGGGAGGUUGGGAGAAAAUAUUUACUUAGACAUCUUAGGUUAUGUGUUAUUGUUAAAUAUCAGCUGAUCAAUAUAAAUUGUUAUAUGUUCUGUUGUAAUAUUUUAUGUUACUCAGAAUGCACUGUUAUAUGGUAUGCUUUGAUUAAUAUUCAAAUUUCAUAGGUGUUCACAGUCCUAACUAUGUAUAAAAUAGAUGCAUAAAGAAGCCUGUCUGAUCCAUAGUAUUGCAUGUGACCAUUUACCAGGUCUAAUAUGUAUUAUGCAUGUGAAAUACCUUUAUAGAAUUUUAGAUUGCAAUGAGUCAGUAAGCUGUCACAUGUAAGUAUGUUAUAAUUUUCAGUAAAAAAAAGUAAUUUACAGUAAUUUAUUAUAGUACUAUGCUGCUAUA